GGCGGGGCCAGUCUCAGAAAGGGGCGGGGCGAGCGGAGGUUGCCCUUGUGUCUCGCGCCGGGAAGCGGCUGGAGCGGAGCGGCGUCCCUGCGCAUCCCCCCCCGCCUCCGCCGCCCCGCGGCGGCACGGUACGGGACAGCCUGGCAUAGCUGAGCGGAGAGGCGGACGGACGGACGGACGGACGGGCACGGCGGCAGGGGCAAGGGGAGCUAGCGGGGGCACCUGGCACCGCUCCGCGGUGGGAACCUGAACCUGCCCAGCAGCGCCGGAGCCAGCGGAGAGAGCCGCUCUUUCCUCCUCCUCCUCCUCCUCCUCCCUCCCCAAUCCACCCCCGCGACCCUGGUCCUCCUCCUCCUCCUCCUCCUCCUCACCCCACUGGAUACAGCGAGGGAGACACUGCGGCGGAGGCGGCGGCGGCGGCGGCUCCUGCGGGGGGAAGGAAGCGCCCGGAGAGCGGAGCGGCGGGAGGCUGCGGAUCUGCGUGCCUGGCGCCCACCCAGCCCGAGGGGAGCCCCCAGGAUGCGGCUGAAGCCCGGCGCGCUCCUGCGCUUCUACAGCCUCUGCGGGAUCCUCGUACAAGUGGCUGCUACAAAGAACAAAGCUAGAGGCAGCCAAGGGCAGUUCCCACUCACACAGAACGUCACAGUUGUUGAAGGUGGAACAGCAAAUUUGACCUGCAGGGUCGAUCAAAAUGAUAACACCUCCCUCCAGUGGUCAAAUCCAGCUCAACAGACACUGUACUUCGAUGACAAGAAAGCUCUGAGGGACAACAGAAUCGAGCUGGUGCGAGCGUCGUGGCACGAGCUGAGUAUCAGUGUCAGCGACGUGUCCCUGUCGGACGAAGGGCAGUACACCUGCUCUUUGUUCACCAUGCCUGUCAAAACCUCCAAGGCUUUCCUCACCGUCCUCGGUGUUCCUGAGAAGCCACAAAUUACUGGAUUUACCUCACCAGUUAUGGAGGGAGAGAGGAUGCAGCUCACUUGCAAGACAUCUGGUAGUAAGCCAGCAGCUGAUAUCAGAUGGUUCAAGAAUGACAAAGAAGUGAAAGAUGUUAAAUAUAUAAAAGAAGAAGAUGCAACUCGUAAAACAUUCACAGUCAGCAGCACGCUGGAUUUCCUAGCAGAUCGCAGUGAUGAUGGUGCAGUUGUAAGUUGCAGAGUAGAUCAUGAGUCCCUAAACUCUACACCUCAGAUAGCAAUGCAGGUUCUAGAAAUACACUAUACACCUUUAGUUAAAAUCAUUUCUUCCAAUUCAUGGCCUGAAGAAGGACAAUCUAUAAUUUUGACUUGUGAAUCCAAAGGAAAACCAGUGCCAGAACCAGUACUGUGGACAAAGGACGGUGGAGAACUACCAGAUCCAGAGAGAAUGGUUGUCAAUGGCAGGGUUUUAAGCAUCAGCUUCCUGAACAAAACAGACAAUGGCACGUAUCGAUGUGAAGCAAAAAAUCCCAUUGGCCGAAACAGCACAGAAUAUGUCCUGAUAGUACAUGAUGUUUUCAACACUUUGCUUCCCACUACUGUCAUCCCCUCCCUUACCACUGCAACAGUCACAACCAAUGUAGCCUUAACAGCCAGCACAACCACAUCGGCAACAGCCACCAGCAUCAGAGAUCCAAAUGCUUUGGCUGGACAGACCGGACCUGAUCACGCUCUUAUAGGAGGAAUAGUGGCUGUAGUUGUCUUUGUAACACUAUGUUCUAUAAUUCUCCUUGGUCGAUACCUGGCAAGACAUAAAGGAACAUAUUUAACAAAUGAAGCAAAAGGAGCUGAAGAUGCACCUGAUGCCGACACAGCCAUUAUCAAUGCAGAAGGCAGCCAAGUCAAUGCAGAGGAGAAAAAAGAGUAUUUCAUUUAGAUGCAGAGCUAGAAUCUUGGAGUUUUACUUAUCAGGCUGACUGCUGGAGAAAACUGGCUAUCAUUUCUCAGAAUUCAUUUCUGCCAUCUUCUGCUAUCUUUAUUAACUCGCAUACCUGCUAUAAGUAGCCAGUUUAUGCCAACAAUCAGCUGUUGACAUCAUCAUUCUAUAAUUACAGUAUCAUGCAUAAAACAGGACAUUUCUUAUUGCCUAAAAAUCAUAUCCACUGCUCUCUUAACAUACAGUGCUUGAAUAUACAGCCUUAACAAUGUUAAUCAUCAUUUUAAUCCAAGUUUUCUACAUAUUUAAGUGUUAUGCAGCUUUCUUUUCCAGUUUUCUUUCAUCAUGUCCCUAUUAGUAUGUCAUAGAACAAAAUUCAUAACAACUACUAUUAGGUAAGGUCAUAAUUUACUUACAGAAAAUGUUAAGUCUAAGAUUAGAGGUUUACAAAGAAUAUUUUAUACCUGUCUAUCUAUAAUUCAAAAAGCAACUUGUUUUUGAAACAUAUGCCCUUGGAAACACAAAUUGAAAUCUGUUUAGUAUAGUUUCUCAUAUGUUUGGAUUUGGUGGGAAAAAAGAUCAGUCCAGUGAAUUUUUCGGGGUCUUUUACUUUGCUUUGUUAUGAUUUAAAUGGUACCUUGACAACAGUGCCAUGUUUCAGUGGUGAAAACAUGCUGAGUAGCUAUACAGAUUCUGCAAAGUUAGGUAAUAGAGCUUCUUUUGAAACAGUUUGUCCUGCCCUUUUACUGACUUUUGGGAUCACAAAGAUUAGAGAACUUUCUGAGUAAUUUAUGUUUUUAUAAUUUAUUUGCUAAACAUGAACUCACCUGCCUCCUCAAAUUUGAUGUGUUCAUGGGGCACAAUUGCAAGGCAUUUUAGUAUCUGUAUAUAGUGCAUAUAAUAAAUUCAAUUAAACAUUAUUUGAUACAUAUUCAACUUUUUUGGCGGUAGCUAAGUCAGUCACAAGUAAGCAUUUUCUAAUGUCCAUUAUAUCCCUUUAGAUAUGACUCAAAAUCAAUAUUCUGAGUAGAUAACAUGUGUUAGUAUUUUUUUGUCUGUAUGUCCUAGCACUGUUCAGCAGCAAACUUUUCUAGUUCUUGUUAAUUUUUUCUUUGUUAUACAAUGGAAGCACAAUGUUAUAUGGAAAGGUAGUUUUAUGCUAACAACCAGUGCACAGCCUCAGGUUUUAAAUUACAACCACAUUUGAUUACUAUCCUUAAAAAGUACUAUUGAGUUGCUAAAAUUCUCAAUUUUAAUUUGGCAGUUCCAGAGCUGCUUCUCUAUGUUGGUUUGCCAAAAAAAAAAAAAAAAAAACUUAAAAAAAAAAAAAAGAAAAAAAAUUAAAAAUAGAAGUGUUAAAACAAAAGAUAUAUGUUUUGUGUAUACAGUAAAUGGACUAAUUCUUUAUAUUAAAUUCCUGUCUAUGCAUUUUGUGAGGUACAAACUUAUGUCACCGUGAAUGAUAGAGAAUUCCUGCCAUGCUUUUAGCUCCACAGUGAAGGUCUCUGUUUGGAUUAUUUCUGAUUUUUUUUUUUUUUUUUGUGUAAUUGACAGCUGAAAAAUCACAUGCUCUUAAAUACGACAACAAAACACUGUAAGCCCAUCGGCUUAUUUCCUCUUCCAAUGAAAAGAAAAGGUUGCCAUAACAGGUCUUGGAAAUGAUUCUACACUGGAGAACGCAAGUUAAGUCUAGUUGGAGCUCGCUUUGCUCCUGUGUUUUGCACCUUUGAAAAAAGAAGUAUUUCUCUCUGGUUGAUGUGUUUGUGAAGCAUAAAAGCAUGAUGGUCUGCUGUAAAGGACUUUCUCCUGGGAUUUUAUUUUUGUGUGGGGAAGGGAGAAUUUGGAAUACGACAUCAUGUGGUAUGGUAAAAUGGAAGAUAAAGGUGCUGUGACAGAUUAUUUAUCAGAAGAAUAUAAACCUUUUAAGGACAAUAUUAGAGUAUUUUAAUUGUUUUUGUUGAAGCAUUUAUCUUGUUAAUUUCUAAGAAAAAAGGGUGACGUCAAUCAAAGCAGCACUUUUUUUCAAAAUAUACAGACAUAAAUAAUAUGAUGUGGUUGAGUGUUAACAUAAUAAAUCAUAUACAGUAUGACAUUUUAAAGAAAUAAGUCUGCAUUGAUGUGAUUGCAUGCUUGUUUUUACAGUUCACUCCAUACCCAUCUGUGGAAAAAUGCAAUAAUAUGUUAAUAUAAUAUGGUAGUUUGAGAGAACCAGGUAGGUGCUACUAGACACAUUGAAAACUAGUAUAGGUUUACAAGAUAUUCAUGUCUUUCAAAACAUAAACAUGUAAACGGCUGGCAAAGGAAGUCAUUCAGUUUAAUACCAAAAAUAUGGGUUCUUGUCACAGCAGUAAGUUACAUUAGCUGUAGUACAGUAUCAAAGUUUUAUUUCAGGACCUGGGGCCCAGUUCAACAAAGCUUUUAAGCACAUAGUCAGCUUCAGGCAUCAGAGGAGUUCCCUUGGAGUAUAAGGCACAGUUCAUAUGCUUAAAAACGAAGUGCUUCCCUGGAUGAGGGCCUUAUUUGCUCCAGUGGAAUUCCCCACCAGCGUGGUGUUUACACCUUUCUUCAUCCUUCCUAACUCCAGCUUGCUUGAAUAGUAGGGUUGUUACUUGAACCAUUACCCAGCCAAGGUCAGGUAGGGCCUUCAAAAGCAGGAUUGGCCUUGUGGUAACCAUUUCAAACCAUAUUCUCCAGUGGCAUACAAAUAGCAUUUCAACUUGGCAAAAAAACAGAUAUAAACUGUACUGUUAAGACAGGUUUGUUUGGUUGUUUGUUUUUUUUUUUCCAUUGGCUUUCAAUUAAAACUGUUCACAUGACCUCAUUUUUACCCAUUUGAUCUUCCGUUGCCUUGCACCUGGUGAUGUCCCUUGCAGCUGUGCACAGCAGGUGUGAAAAGCCCCCCACAGAGAUUUCUACCUGGAUAGCACUUUGCAGGCCUAUCUGGUCUUCACGGGUUCAAAUUACUACAUUGGGUGUAAAGAGGCAUCCCUCUUUUCUGUCAGCAGAGUCAUGUUUCAACACUAAUGGCAUUAAGUAGGCUGAAAGCCAUUUGUCCAUUCCUUUUGCCGGAGUUCCCAUUCUGAAAAGAAAAAAAAAAGUUUUUAUGAUGGUGUGAGGCACCAGCGAGUGUGUAAAAUGGAGGCUCUGAAUGGGAACCACCUUCACUAAAAUGUAUGUGACAUCCUCUCCCUCAAUCACUUGCAGAGUAGUUUUCUCCAGACCAGGUAGCUAGUUUCUGCCAGUGUACUGUUUACAGUGUUGAUUGCUGAUUAUUUUUAAACUUUUUGACGUAGACUUUAUUAUUUUUUGGGGUUUUUUUGGUUUUUUUUUAAUGCUUCAAGAACAUUCUCAUGAUUUGAACAAGAAAGCAGUGCAUCAGAAGACAAGGGGUGCAUCAUCCCACUCUUUUAGUGUCAUCUGACAAACCAAGAGACAGUUUAAGGAACCUGAUGUUUAACUUGAGGCUCAGAGUUUAAGCUAGAACAUCUCAAAAAGUUUCCACAUUACUUAAGGAUGGUUCGUCUUGCACUAAGACUCCCUCUCUAAAGGAACACAUGAAGAAAAACAACUUUUCUAAGUGAGACAUGAAAGUUAACAUCUUGUGUGUUUUCAUUGCAGUAUAAUAUAUAUAUAAAUAUAUAUAUAUAGCUAUUUCAAUGAAAAGAAAGGACAGAAUCAUCUGUAAUUAUGUAAUUCAUGAUUGUAACAGCACUGAAGUUACCAUGUACGCACAUGUACAGUAGCUCUUUCAACAGUUACAGUGUAGUUACAUGUAAUUCCCUGUAACAUAGCAGUUCUAGUGUAAUUUAGUGCCACUUAUUGUAAAGUGUUACCAAAAGGAAAACGGACUUCUUACCUUUAGAAUUCCGUUCCAAUUAAAGGUAAGUUUAUUAAAUUAGCAUCAUUAAAUCUGAUAUUGCGUUUCUUAAUUAAGGAGGUGAUUUAAAACUCUCAUGUUCACACUGCAGCUUCCCCCCAUGGCUUUCCCAGACUCCUCCAAAUGUCUAAUCUCUACACUCCUAGGGACUGGUAAUCUGUGAUGAGCAUACCAAAAAUCCCAGCUACUCCAACUUUAAUUGAACAAGCUGUCUAAUAAAGAAAAGCAGCAACAACAAAAAUGAUGAGUAAUGCUUUUUAUUAAGUGGCACAAAGUACACACUAAAAACUAUGCAAAAAUAUAGGUAAAUACAGUGUACUUACAUGUAAGUAUCUUGUACUUGCUGUGUAUGGAUAUUGGAAAACCAUGUAAUUAUAAUAUGCAUUUUGAUUAUUUCAAGCAAGGGGUGACCCCCAACAGUCACAAGGGAAAAGUGGAAGGUACAUCUACAAGCAGUGUGGAUAUCCUAAUGCAAUAUGUGUAAUUCCUCUACUUGCAAUGACAACUAAUUUAUAAAUAAUACUGCUCCUCAUUCUCACCAGCUUUGCUUUCCAUUUCUUGGAGCGCCAUUAAAUACCACUGAAACGCCUUUAGGCAAAGACACUGACUCCUCUAAUGGCUUUGCUGCCAGCACUCUGAAUGUCUGGCAACACUGUUCUGUAAUCUUAUUGCUGGCUCAACAGCACAAGUUUCAUCUUUUUUUCUGUCCUCAAGGGAGCCUAGUAUGUUAAGAUGCUGAAAUAUGCUGCCAAUAUGCCCUGGUAUUUUUAGCAUGAACAACAGAGAAAGAGAGAGAGAGAGAGAGAGAGAAAGAGAGACCUGCAUUCUUCUGACCCCUAUUUUGCUGAAUCACCUCACCUGGAAUUUCCACUGCUUGCUCAGUAACACCAGGUAUUCUUAAAUUGUAAGUACAAAAUGCUUCCAUUACAGUACAGAGUAUGCCCUAAAUGAUAAAGCUAAUGUUUUUGUAAACAUGAAGUUUUGUAUUGUAGAUAUUUUUCCUUCUUGGCACUUUUCCAUCAUGUCCUUCCAGAAGAAAUGCACCAAAAGAUAGAUAACAUAGACUAGCAAAAGAAGACAAGAAUUUUUUUUUAACCUUCUUGUGGUUGCCAUUGCUGUCAACCUCCUUUCUGUCCUGUGUAAUAGGCUAAAUAAAUGUAUUUAGCAACUGCCAUUAGCAUCAUUCCACACUAUAUUAUUCCUAGAAUAUGACAUCUACCUCUUAGUCUAAAUACUAGCUAUGACAUAUUUGUAUACAUUUUAAAUACUAUUGAAUCUUUGCUUUAGUCUUGAAAUGAAACCACUCUAUUUUUUUUUCUGUUAAAAAUAGGUAAAAAUAGUUUCUGGGUUCAUAAUUCUUGCCCUGUUCUUAAUUUUGGUAUAGUUUUAGCUUUUUAACAGGGCAUAAGGACACAGCCUCAGCUGGUACAAAUCAGCUUCACUCUGUUGCCUUAAAUGUGGGCCAAUUUACACUGGCUGGGGAUUCAUCCCAAACAGCUUAAAAAUAAACUGCUAUAACACAUCAAUAUUUAGUCAGCUCUAGAUAAUGAUUUGCAGUCCAACUGCAACACAAUUCUUCCAAGUAAGACAUGCACGUAUGAAGAGAAACUUUAAAAAGCACAUGCAAGCUUUUGAAUUAAAUAUGCAAUAUCAACACUGUUGAGAUAUCCUGACUUGUCUCUCACUUAUUUAAACAUAAUAUUGCCAGGGCAUGUUUACAUUAAAAACACUCAAUAUAUGGGGAGCAGAGAAGGACUAUUGCAAACAGCAGGACAAAAUUAAAUUAAUAGAGAAGCCUUUGAUGUCAACAGAACAGAGUAGAAACUCUUUUGAGAGUAGGACUUCCUACAGGGUUUUUCAGGGUGGACCUAAGGCCUCUAAAACACGUGAAAGUUGUUUACUUGGCAUUAAGAGAAGCUAGCACAGUUCCUUCUUGCUGUCGAGGAAUCCCACCCAGCACUCUGCACUUCUUUUAACUCAGGAGAAAAUAAGGGUACAAACAUGGUUGAACAGCACACUUCUGUAUCACUCCACAUCCUCAGGAUGCUCCAAGCCUCGUGCGCUUCCAGCAGCCCUUAAGAGAAUUCUUCCAGCAUCUAGGAAUCAUCCUGUUGUCGAGCUGUGUUCAUUUUCUUCAGCAGUGUUUAAUGUACUCACAACCACACAGAAGGUGUGAAGCCAAUUUGAAUGAGUCUGCAGUUCUAAGGGCUUCCAGAGCCUUGCAGUAGAUGGGGAAAAAUUAAAAAAAAAAUAAAAAUUCUUCCUGGCUUCUGUGUUUACUGUAGGUCUGCCCUCCACAUUCUGUGUCUUAAGUCAUUUAUUCUCUGCUGGGCUAAAAGCAGUGGUCUAAUUGGAAAGGAGGAAGGAAAAGUAUCUCCUCUGAAAGGAGCAGUCUGUGCUACUAUUAAAGAAAGGUUCAAGGGUUUUUGUUUCUUCCCUUUUUUAAGAUUUCAGUCGCAAAACCAAGCCUGUUGGGGUCAGCACUUUAGCACUUUCCCUGUGUUCAGGGUCAAGCCAGCAGUGUUUCAUGUGUGAGCUCUUGUCUCCUGUUUCAGCACAAACUACAGACAGUCUUAGCCUGCCCUUAUGCAUAGUGCUGAAAACCACCAAUGCUAUUUUCUUCUAAACAUAAUAAUUUUCUCAGUCUUGUUCUAAAAUGAAAUAUUGAAGGGUUUUUAUAAUAGGUGUAAAGGGAGGGAGUUUAAAGUAAUAGCUUGUAAAUAAGAUUGUAAGGAUGAUCAUCAACUCUUUAUGUUGAUUAUAAAGAGGAGGAUAGUCUUUAAUUGCUGGGCUGAUUUCUUUAUCACUUCCUCUUUCUCUCCUUUCUAUGCAUAUUGAUUAAUGUUAGUAAAUAUGCAGUUGCACAUGUUGUCCUUUUUCAGUGAAUGCAGAUUUGCUUAUACCCCUAUACAGCUUUCAUAGAAAUAUGCAAAUAUAACCUACAGUCAUCUGCUUCUGCCAAAACAGUGAGCCAAGAAAGGGAAAUCAUGGAUUACUGGAUUCAUAUAUGUCCUGCUUCCAUCAAAAUUGAGUACAGUACGCCUAUUGAUCUCAAAAGAACAAGGCUCAAGCCCUUAAUGCACGUUUGAGUUGCUAUUUAGCUCUUUUUCAAAAGAAUUAUAAAGCAAUCCUUGUGCAUCCUUUACUUUUAGCCUAGAUAUUUUAUACUUACAAAACCCCUUCAGUUCACCAGGAAGUUUCCUAGAAUAAAUAAUAAGGCAUAAUUUGUGAAAGGACUAUAACAAAUUAAUCUAUUCAUGGUCAGUGUAAGUGUGUUCUCCUAGGAACUCUGGUGUACUUUGCUCUUACACUGACAAUUUAUGAUGGCCCUGAGAAGGAUAUAUUUGAAUGGGUCAGAAAUACAACCACUAACUUGUAAAAAAAAAAUCAUGGGAAUUAAACAUAUUGCACUGAUGAUGAGACAUAUCAAUUUCAUUUUAUUUCCUUAUUAAUAACUUUAAACAGACAAAAUGCAUAUUGUAAUGUUGGGUACAUGACACUUGCAUGUUGCUAUGCCUAUAUACUUACAAAGUAUUCAAUGUGUACUUGGUGGCGCUUAAAAAUGUCAUGUACAAUUCUUCUAAACAUUCUUACAGGGUUCCCAUUUGCACUUCAUCUUUCAGAAAAGUCUUGUCAGAAAAUUGUCUGAUGAAUAUUAUUGAAAAAAAAUAAAAUUUCAAUUUUAGUUAUCUGUUG